AUGACCGACCGGGACCCUCGCCCCAUCGCUUUCGCAGCAAUCACCGUCGUUGUACUCCUUGGAACACUAUAUUCGGUCGCCUAUGGAACUUACCUCGACACCUCAAAUCCUCUUCUCUCUCAUUUACCGCAUCCUCUUGGCCAGACGCAUUUUUGGGCUAGAAAAUCCAACUUCCUUAACGCCUACUUCAUAAAGAAAGCCUGGGGAUGGACCACAGCUGCUUUCUUUUUAUUGUGGUCAACGAGUCCAUCAUGUGUACGCUCUCUGUCGAAAGUGGUCCAGUGGUUAGUGGAGACCGGUUGUUGGUUAACAUUUACGACUUGGUUUUUCGGGCCUCCCCUUAUCCAUCGUGUUGUUCUCGCUUCAGGAGGAGAAUGUUUGGUUGUUCUUCCCGCGGGAGAAACAGUCUCAGUUCCCACCGAUUUUUGUUUCACCAGGUCUACCGUAACGCCAGAGAGCCAUCCCGAUGUCUUCGCCAAUUCGUUCGUACCCCCUGAUUGGAAAGGUGUUCCUAGAUUGCAGAGGGGCCACGACGUUUCAGGUCAUAUAUUCCUUCUUACGAUGUCUGUUUUGUUCCUUGCCGACCAGUUACGAGCGUCGUUACGCUGUGGUCAAUGGACAAUUGCGCACAAGUUCGCAAUAACAGUGAAUGCGGCAUUGAUUGGCAUCUGGCUCUUUGCUGGUGGGACCACCAGCGUUUAUUUCCAUUCACCUUUGGAGAAGGUGACGGGUUAUGCACUGGGCCUGCUUGGCUUUGCCGCAACACAAUUACCCUUCUUCUCUACAACACCCAAACAACAUUCAUCUUGA